CAUCGGAGAGAUGCGCGCGGGCGGCGGCGCGCGCCCCAGACACGCACCCCUCUCCCCGACCGCCUCCGCCACUGCCACGCUGCUAGUACCCGCCUCCGUCGCCAUGCCCGCGCCGCGCCUCGCGCACCUCCGCCACCUCCUCCUCUCACAACGCUCCGCCCCGGCCCGCUCGCUGGCCCCCAACCUAGGCCACCCGCUCCCCGGGCCGCUUCACCCGUCCCUUCUCCUCGCCCGUGCCAUGGCUGGCGUCGCGCACGCAGGUCUGGCGACGGGGUCGACGGAAUACGAGGAGGUGCUCGGGUGCCUCUCGUCGCUGAUAACGCAGAAGGUGCGCGCGGACACCGGCAACCGCGGCAACCAGUGGGAGCUCAUGGCCAAGUACGUGCAGAUACUUGAACUGGAGGAGUCCAUCGCACAGUUGAAAGUGGUUCACGUUGCUGGGACCAAAGGAAAGGGUUCAACAUGCACAUUUGCUGAGUCAAUCCUUCGAUCAUGUGGCUUCCGCACUGGGCUCUUCACUUCACCGCAUUUGAUGGAUGUCCGCGAGCGAUUUCGGCUUGAUGGGCUGGACAUUUCGGAAGAAAAGUUUAUUAGGUAUUUCUGGUGGUGCUGGAACAAAUUGAAGGACAGGAUUGGUGAUGAUGUACCAAUGCCAGCCUACUUCAGGUUCCUUGCACUGCUAGCAUUCAAGAUCUUUUCAGAUGAGCAGCAGGUGGAUGUUGCGGUGCUCGAGGUUGGUUUGGGAGGGAAGUAUGAUGCAACGAAUGUGGUCAGAGCACCUGUAGUUUGUGGAGUAUCAUCUCUUGGGUAUGAUCAUAUGGAAAUUCUUGGAAGCACACUUGGAGAAAUUGCUGGAGAGAAGGCUGGGAUACUUAAGAAAGGAGUUUCGGCGUAUACAGUUCCACAGCCAGAAGAGGCAAUGUCUGUACUGGUGCAGCGAGCUUCUGAGUUGGGUGUUUCUCUUCAAGUAGUCCAGCCUUUGGACCCACAGAAAUUAGAGGAUCAACCCCUUGGACUCCAUGGUGAACACCAAUACAUGAAUGCAGGUCUUGCAGUUGCAUUGGCUAAUACCUGGCUUGAGAGGGAAGGCCAUUUGAACAGAAUACAUGUCAAACAUUCUGGUACCUUGCCAGAUCAGUUCAUCAAAGGGCUGUCAAGUGCUUGUCUGCAAGGUCGAGCACAGAUUGUUCCAGAUCCACAAGUGAACUCAGAAAACAAUAAGGAUCGUGAUUCUUCACUGGUUUUCUAUUUGGAUGGGGCACAUAGCCCAGAAAGCAUGGAAAUGUGUGCAAGAUGGUUUGCCCACAUUACAAAUAAUGAUGGAACGCAGACAUGUUCUUUGGAGCAGCCUCAUACUGACAGGGAUUCUAGGAAGUUUCUCCUUUUCAAUUGCAUGACUGUAAGAGAUCCUCAGAGAUUGCUCCCACAUCUUCUGGAUACAUGUGCUCAAAAUGGGCUCCACUUUGAGCAGGCCUUAUUUGUGCCAAACCAAUCACAGUACAACAAGCUUGGUUCCCUUGCAUCCCCACCUUCAGAGCGUGAACAAAUUGAUUUGUCAUGGCAGUUGUCACUCCAAAAGGUGUGGGAAAACCUGCCUAAUGGCAAUAAAGGUCUAAAUGAUGCAAACUCUGGCAGAACUAGCUCAGUUUUUGAAUCUCUUCCGUUGGCAAUUAAAUGGCUAAGGGAAACUGCUCAACAAAACCAAUCGAUUCGAUUUCAGGUCUUAGUUGCUGGCUCCCUGCACCUUGUUGGCGAUGUCAUAAGAUUGCUCAAGAAGUAACUUCAUUUGGAAUGGCACAUUGUUCAGACUAAAAUGGCUGCGUACGGACCACUAUGGCACUAACUUGAGCUUAUCGAUAUUUGUGAGUGGGAUAACACAAUAUACCAACUUGGUUAGAAGACUGGAAGAAAUUCAAAGGCAUUUUGGCUUCAGUUCUGAUCAACUGUAAAAUUGUUGCAUUUCAUCGUUUCUUUAAGUUCCUUGCUCCCUGCCUUUUUUUUGGCAUUAUGUGCCACUACAUCCUUAGUCCAGAAGAAUGUAACCAAAUUUUAGAACGUACAAACAGUGAAUUAUAUUAUACCAAUCAUAUCAUUUAUUUUGUACUCCUCUGAAAAAUCAGUAUAUAUAAAUCAUGUAUUCUAUAAA